AAAAGACUAAAACAGUAAAAAGUAAUAAAAUAUGAUCCACCAAUGAGCAGCUUUGAACUUGAUAGCAAGCAGAGCACUUAUUCUGCCUCUUUCCUUUCUUUUUGGCUGUCUCCGGCGAGAAGAGAUUUUCCGGGGGAAAAUAGCAAAAGCUCGGUUUUAGUUUCUGUUUAGAAAGAGGAUACAGAAUAGUGAUUACUAACAUCUUCUCCGAUGGCGGUUGCGCCGGCAAGAGCUCGUUCAGACUAUGAUUAUCUCAUCAAGCUUCUCCUCAUCGGUGAUAGCGGUGUGGGAAAAAGUUGCUUGUUACUGCGUUUUUCGGAUGAUACUUUCACCACGAGUUUCAUUACUACCAUUGGAAUCGACUUCAAGAUAAGAACAGUCGAACUUGAUGGGAAGCGUAUCAAAUUGCAGAUAUGGGACACUGCUGGACAAGAACGUUUUAGAACUAUAACCACAGCAUAUUACAGAGGAGCGAUGGGUAUAUUACUCGUCUAUGAUGUAACAGAUGAGUCAUCAUUCAACAACAUUAGGAACUGGAUGAAAAACAUUGAGCAGCAUGCGUCCGAUAGUGUCAACAAGAUAUUGGUCGGUAACAAAGCCGACAUGGACGAAAGCAAAAGGGCUGUCCCAACAUCAAAAGGACAAGCUCUUGCUGAUGAGUAUGGAAUCAAAUUCUUUGAGACGAGUGCAAAAACAAACCAGAAUGUCGAGCAGGUUUUCCUUUCUAUCGCUAAAGACAUAAAACAAAGACUCACAGAAAGCGAUACAAAAGCCGAGCCCCAAGGGAUCAAGAUCACUAAACAAGAUGCUAACAAAGCCUCAUCGUCUUCUACAAAUGAGAAAUCAGCUUGCUGCAGUUAUGUUUAGAAGUUCUCUGAACCUGUUUCUAAUCUCUUACCGUCUUUAAUCUUCUUCGCAUCAUUCAAGGGAUCGUCCUAUGUUCUUAUUAGUAGGAGGAUAGACUUAAUUGAUAGCUGUGUGUAUUUUGCUAUCUCGAUGGCCAAACACUGUACUGGUAAUGGUAGACAAUGUUUAAGUGCUUAAACUUUGAAUUAAUGAAAUGCAGAUGUUAUGUGUGUAAGCUACGGCUUCAAGGCUCGAAAUUAGAGAGUUAUCUCGUUCCUGUGUUUUGUGACAGAUAUAAAAUUUCAGACUAAAAGUAAUCACGAGAUAAUAAGAACAUGAAGUGCCUUUUUUUCAUAUAUUCUGGGGUUACAAACUUAUUACAAAAUCUCCGCCGAGGCAAGAAGAAGAAAGAUCGAAGGAAUUGAUAAAUUUACAGAGAAGUCAAGCUUCUUGAGAAAUUUACACACAAAAGAGGCUACUUCCGACCCGAUUUUAACAAGGUGACUCACGAGCUGCAACACCGGCCUUGAUGAGCUCGGUAAUCCGGUUUUCUCUUCACAGAGCUUGAUCCUUCUUCCAAAAGACUAGGUACCUCCAUUAUCU